CAGAGUGUCUUGGUCUCUGCGGAUCAGUCUGUCUUGGGUGUUUUGCCGUAGUUUACUUGCAGAAUAAAUUGAUUGCACUUUGCAUUUUUGGAGUUAAUUCAUUAAUUCGAAAGAUGAAGACGAUCAUUUUCGUAGUCUUGUUAAUCGCAUCGAUUGAGAGGCUACAAGCAAAGGAUGUUCCGAAAAACCUCUUCAAAUUUUCUGUGCCUGAUGCCCCCGAAGAAGUUCACGAGGAAACACAAUAUGACAUUUUAAUUGAAGAAAUAAGAAGUAUCGCAAAGAACCUGGCCAGUUUUUCUAACGAUGUUGAGAAAGUCUUCAGUCCUCGGAGUGGAGGAGAUAGCUAUGGUUACGAUCCUGAUAGCGAACUUCCCCCUAAUCGCUGGAGUGAGAAGUGGCCAACUUGCGCUGGAAUCAGGCAGAGUCCUAUUAAUUUGGACUUGUCAUCUUGCCAGAAAGAUCUCUCAGGCUCACCACUGAAAUUCUACAAUUUCGAACGUCGUCCACUUACCACGUACGUUGAGAACCUCGGACAUACAAUUCAGAUCUCAUUCAGAUUCAAUAAGCAUUCUCCUUAUAUAACUCGUGGGAAAUUCAAUUCGGAACGAUACGACUUUGCCCAGCUUCACUUCCACUUUGGCGAAACUGAUGAAGUUGGAUCAGAGCAUACCCUCAACUCACAAUCUAGCUCUCUUGAACUUCAUUUGGUUUUCUACAAGUCUACCUAUGGCGAUACAUCUACUGCUUCUCAAUACACUGAUGGCUUGGUUGUCGUUGCUUUCCUAUUCCAAGCUUCCGACGACGUCCCUAAUAAACUCUUUGCACAAAAUUUGAGUAGGGUUACUGACCCUGGCAAUUCUGUCACCGUGAACAGCCCAAAAGGAAAUCGACUCAUUGAUUUCGUUGGAUCUUUGAACUUUGAAUAUGCUAUGUAUUACGGAAGUUUAACUACACCUCCAUGUUCGGAAGCUGUAACGUGGUACGUCUCAACCAAUGUUCAAGAAAUGAGUCGCGGAGACUUGGAAGGCUUCCGAUCUGUUAUGGGAGAGGAAGGAUCCAUGGGAGGAAACAAUCGCCCAACUCAACCUAUUAACUCACGCGUAUGUUAUGUUCGUUGAGACCUUAAAUUCUCAUUCUAAAUAUUACUGCAUUUUCAAGAUUUUGAAAAUUUGAAAGUACCUAAUAAAAGGAAAUUCUUAUAA